UAAAUCUUUAUAUUAUUUUUAUUUCUUAGCUUCCACAUAUAACACCGUUUCCAAUCAUUAAUCUCUUAUAACAAUACACACAAAAUUAUUAUUUUCUCCAUUUAUAUCACUCAAGAAAGAGUCGUGUUAUCCCAAGAGUAUGAAAUCAGGUCACGACUUCCGGGACACCUCGCAUUAGGAGGAGCUCAAGAAAUCCGUUCUUUUUUAAUUCAUAGGACACUAUGAGAGACAUUUAUAACGGGCGUCAGCAAAAUCCACGAGUGUUAGUGGCAUUGUCAGAGAGCCGCCGAUACACGCGAGGACGCGCGUAUAUACGUAUAUACGUACUCGCAUCCCCUAUACAGGGGGAGGCAGGCGCAAUACAUGUAGUAUGCCACGAGCGCGCUCGUGUGGAUCACAAGGUGCCACAGGGGUGAAAUUUAAAGGGAGGGGCUGCUCUCGCGAAAAUGGCCGUUACGCACGGGGUAGAUCGUCCGGGGGUGGACAAGUGACGGGUGGCUCAUCGUCCGUGUCCUCCGCGCCGACCAAUUGACCGAGUGCCUCGCGACGAUUGACACGGUUUAUCCGACCGACGGCUAUUAUGCGGCGGUGGCCAAAAAGCGAUCCCUGCUCUGUUCUUCUCAAACCCCCACCAGACGCGCGACCUUCCAUCCCUUCCGUCAAGAGGUAAGGUCGUCUCUGUUUUGUGCAUCAUCGAAACGCGUACGGAUUAUGCUUUCGGAAUGUGAAUUAGAAUCUCUCCCGCCGAAGUGCGUGCACGUUGUGACGCGAAAUUACGUGUCUGAUUACGCUGAGAAAGUUGUCUUGACACCUGAAAAAAAAGAAAGAAAGUGGAACAAGGGGUAACUACUCCUCAGAUUAGGCCCACGCUCUUCAGCAAUGUAUAUCAAGAAAGUUAAAUAGAGAAAAAGAGGAAGGGGAGUAUAAGGAAAAUUGAGGAAGAUGCCUGGUUCCUAUACUGGAGUUGUAAUUCUCCUCUUGUUAGGGACUUCAGUAUCAGUGUCCGGUACUGCGGAUGCUGCCAAGUCUCUGAGAGCAGCGAAGGCCAGGCUCAGGUCAUCUUACGCGUCGUGGCGAAUAGUGAUAUGCUUAACUCAGCCUCAAAUUCCUUUCAAGGCGGACGUACAGAAAGCAUGGGAGGAAGCGAGACUGGAAUCUUUUCACGCAGACAUGGACGUGUCGUAUACAGAAGCAAGGCCCGUGACGGAUACCAUGUUAUACCCCUUGACAUUGUUAAACAAAUUUUGUACAGACAUCGAAGGCGGAAAGACAGUAUUAAGCCUUAUUAUAGGGGGAGGAUCGGCAGCCAGAUUUCUCGUUACGGCUGCUGCUGCCUUGAACCUUCCAGCUUUGUGGUUGCCGUUUACACACAGAGACUUUCUUCGUCAGGGAAAUCUCGGCCGGUUUGAGAACCGCAUAGGUUCGAGCCCCAAGGAGGUCGGAGCAGCGGCUGCCGCCUUAAUGCAUCGGGCUAACUGGCACGCAUUCACUCUUCUCAUCGACACCACCCUUCUGCCUAUCACUCAUCUUCUACAAACGAAUCAGCCGACGUUGACACCCCGCGCGAUUAUUCAUCUUCCGACGAAUGACAGAACUCUGAAAUUGAGGCUGAGACGGGUAGCCGAAGAGAGCGGUAGCGGCGGAGUUGUGGUGAUGGCCUGUGAUUUGAAUAACGCCCGAAAGAUCCUCAGUGCGGCUGGCAAAUUCGAAAUGCUCUCGGGCAGAUUCUUGUGGCUCUGGCUGGAUCUCAAGGCGGAACUGCGGCCGAACGAACCUAAUAUCAUCAGUUCACACAUGAUUCAUAGCUCGCGUGUCGCUAUUGCGGGUAACGAUAAUUCACCGCUGCUGGAACGAACGACGAAUCUUGCAUCGGACGAGAAGCCGCUACCGCCAUUGAAUCCGUUGCCGAGUUUGGCCAAUGAUAUACACCGACUGCAAGAGUAUCGAUGGCGAGACGAGAAGAUCAUAAUCAAGCGGGAGGACAAGAGUUUUAAUUUCGACGACGAGGAGGAUGUUGUGAGGCUCCCGAGUGACAGAGAGCUCAAUUCUAAGAGUUUUAUGCCAGUCGGUAUGCUCGCACUUAGACCAUCUGGCAUCAAGAUCAUGGGCAGUGAUACUAUACUGACUCGAAUGCUGAGAGAGACCUCGCAGGCGUUGGAUGAGACCUUUCUAGAAACAAAAACGAGAUUGAAUCGUAUGCGCGAACUGCAGAUUAAAGAGCAGUUUGUACCGGAAUGCUUGUCGGAUCGCAAUUCUAAAUUCAUGACAAGCGACGCGAGGGAAAAUGUAUCCGCGACUCUAACGAGGAAAUUGAGGAAGUCCAUGGGACAGAUCUCCAGGGACAAGGCAGAAUUCCAGCUGCUGAAUUUGCAGGCCGUUAGGUUUCCCGGGAAUAAAACUCAAUUGAGGUGGACCAAGGUCGGCACUAUCAAAGGAGGAAGGGAGGUCCGUUUGGACACCAUAAUUUGGCCGGGCGGUGGCAUCAUGCCGGCGUAUCUCGAACAGGGCGGCGAGAGGAUCGGGAUGCCAAUUUAUCGCAUCGUGACCGCGCUGGCCUCACCGUUCACCAUGAUGACAAAUCUGCAGGAGGGUUUCUGUCUGCGCGGACUCACCUGUCGGCAGGGUAAUACCAUAAUGUGCUGCUACGGCCUGAGCAUGGAUUUGCUGUCAUUGGUGGCGCGUGAGCUCGGCUUCCGCUUUGAUCUGUACCUGGCAGAGGAUGGGCUAUUUGGCAAACGAAAUGGUCGGAGUGGCACGUGGAACGGCGUGAUGGGCGAACUGGUAUCCGGCCGGGCGCAGCUGGCGUUCGCACCCUUGAGCGUGUCUACCCAUCGUGCUCAAGUAGUGGACUUCACUACGCCCUACUAUUUCAGCGGCGUGAGCUUUCUCACGGCGCCUAAAUUACGCUCUGAGAUACCGCUGUUUGCGUUUCUAUUCCCGUUCAGCACGGAGCUGUGGAUCGCCGUAUUUACGUCGCUGAACUUUACCGCGAUCGCCGUCGCACUCUAUGAAUGGUUCAGUCCGUUCGGCCUGAAUCCCUGGGGCAGGCAGCGUAGCAAGAAUUUCUCCAUCGCCUCCGCGCUGUGGGUGAUGUGGGGUCUUUUAUGCGGCCAUCUCGUGGCCUUCAAAGCGCCAAAGUCUUGGCCUAACAAGUUCCUUAUCAACAUUUGGGGCGGCUUCUCCGUUAUCUUCGUGGCCUCGUACACGGCUAACAUAGCCGCCCUUAUCGCCGGUCUCUUUUUUCACUCAGCAGUGAGCAAUUAUCAUGACAAAAGCCUGUUGUCACAGAGAGUCGGUGCACCGAGAGCUUCUGCAGCCGAAUAUUACGUGCAAAGAGCGAAUCCGCAAUUAUGGUCCCACAUGGCUCGAUAUUCUCUGUCGGACGUCGCCGAGGGCGUAGAACGAUUGAGAAACGGUACUCUGGACAUUUUGAUCGCGGAUACGCCGAUUUUGGAUUAUUAUCGGGCGACCGACGAUGGUUGUCGUCUACAAAAGAUCGGUGAUACCAUCAACGAAGAUACUUACGCAAUUGCGCUUACGAAAGGACAUCCUCUGAAGGAAAGCAUAUCUAAAGUUAUAGCGAAUUACACGAGCAACGGGCUGCUCGACAUUCUACAAGAAAAAUGGUAUGGUGAUCUGCCUUGUCUAAGCGGUCGACCGGGGAUGGAUGCGGGAUUAGAUCCUGAGCCAGGUGGUCAACCUAGGCCACUGGGAGUCGCAUCCGUGGCCGGGGUGUUCUGCUUACUCGGGAUGGGUGUGAUGCUCGGCGCGAUUAUACUGGCGGGAGAACAUCUAUUUUAUAAGUACACGCUGCCGCGAUUGCGGCACAGACCGGAGGAUUCCAUUUGGCGUAGUCGCAAUGUCAUGUUCUUCUCGCAGAAGCUAUACAGGUUUAUCAAUUGCGUGGAACUGGUCUCGCCGCAUCACGCUGCCCGUGAAUUGGUACAUACGGUGCGACAGGGCCAGAUCGCAUCGCUCUUCCAGAAGAGCGUCAAACGAAAGGAACACGAACAGCGUCGAAGACGUAAGAGCAAAGCGCAAUUCUUCGAGAUGAUUCAAGAAAUCCGAAGAGUACAGCAGGAAGAGAAGAUCGAGACGGUACCCGAGGAACCUGAUGCUACCAAAACAGUGAAAAAGGAUGAGAAAUUGGGGAAAGGCAGGGAGAGAAGUCGCAGUAAAAGUCCGCUUAUGCCUCGGAGUCCCAAGCGCUCGGAGAAGAGCAGAAGUUCAACGAACUUGUCGGCGUCUCGUCUCGGAUUGUCGCCGGUGAGUCUCGAUGCGCCGAUGAAGCCGCGCGAGUUCACGCUCAGCAGCACCAAUUUGCGCGCAAGGAGCCCGUUAGAGACGGUAGGCCGUAGGUUGAGCCACGGGGAUGGAGGUUCGCCGCCACCACGUCUCGGCUCUCACUUCGGCGGCAGUGCCAAUCUACGUCCACUAGCGCCUACCAGAAGCGACUCGACCAGUGGUGGUACGCCGACCGUUCGCCGUGAUUCCGCCGCUGGAGGCGGAGGAGGUGUGCCGACUCCGAGAUAUUCUCGCAGCCCGGCCAAGCGAGGCCAGUCCUUCCCGGUGUUCGCUACUCUGCGACCGCCGCACUCGGCCGGCUAUCAGGCAUCCAGGAGUCCACUACUGUCGCCGAAUAGCGAACUCACGUCCGCUAUCGGAAGGAAACUGUCGCGCGAGUGGGGCUCCGGGACUAUUGACCUCACCAGGUCAUCGGAGGCUAUCGGAGGUGGUGGUGGUGGUGGUGGUGGUGGUGGUGGUGGUGGUGGUGGUGGUGGUGGUGGUGGUGGUAGUGGUAAUGGUGGUGGUAAUAGUAGUAGUCGUGGUUCGACGUACACUCUGAAUCAAGAAAUGACGCUUUCCUUGAGUCGUUCCGCGGACGAGGAGAAGGCCCAAGAGGAAGCGGUGCCGAUUAAAAAGCCCAUACGGCGCGCCAGGAGUCAUGAGAAUCGCGAUAGCAGUAAGUUGAUGGCGGAUCUGCCGUCGCCGAGAUUGACCCAGCCGGUGGUGGGUGGCCAGUUGGUGAGCGAGCGAACCAAGAAACAACUAGAUUCCGAGCUGAAGGCCAUUUUAACUGCUAGGGCCCAUCACCGCGACCUGCAUCCUCCUUGAUAGGAGACCGCCCCGUACUAAGGGAGAGUUCUUGAAAGUUCGGGUUUUGGAGGAUCGCUGAGAGCCUUUGAGGGGCUUUGAUUGAUUUUAAGCAAUAUCAGAUUUAUAGGUCAAUUUGUAGAGGAAUCCGACAGUUUAUCAGAGAAAUUAAGAACUAGUCAGAGACACGGCAAUGCGAGUAAACGGGAAGAAUUUUCUGCUGUUGGUGUGGGGAGGGGGGCGGGGGAAGGGAGAGAGAAAAGGAGAGAAAACGAGAAAAGAUCUCUUUGAUUGUUCAUACGUUGUUACGUACAUUGAUAAUAUAGGAUACGUCGAUAAACAAAAGUGCUAUAAACUCUUGUAGUGAUGUCUUAAAUAGGUAGCGAGACAUAUACGAGUAUUAAGAUAUUUUCUUGUUGACAUUUUAACUCUACAUUAACCGGCAGCCUGGGUGAGUCUCUCUCGAUUGCUAUGGUAUCAGAUAUUGUACGCUGCAGCGUUUCUCAACUUCGAUCUUCGACGAUUCCGUCGCGAUCUUAGCACGUAGUGGAUAAAAAUCCUUGAAAAUUUAUCGAUUCUCAAAAUCGCAGUUUGCACAAAACGACAUUCGCCAGGUCAAGUCUGUCCAAGUUUAUCGAGCAGGUCUCCAUCCGCGACCGUUCGCUCGUCACUGACACUCUUAGCAAUAACGAUCGAUUUAGCUGCAGCGCACGAAUACAACGAACACACGCGAUGAUUUAUGGACAUAGCACAUCGGCAUCUAUUCUCAUUUAUCUCAUCCUUCUCGCGGAGGCGACAGAGAGGGUUUCGCUCGCGGAUAAAAACUCGGACAGGCCACGCUCUAAGAUAAUCGUCCCUUUGGGAAUGUAAAUAAAUCUCGUGAUCACACAGACUAUCGUUCCUUCAAUUCCUCGUUCUGUAAAUAUAAAAUGCUCUCAUUCCGAAUUUUCGCGUAGGUAAAAGAGAAAAGAAAAACGCAAUAGGUAGCGAGAACGAUUGUCUCGCGACAGUUGAGAAACGCUGGUUCACCGAUCCUCGUCGAAUUGGAUUGCAUACUGCCACUUUAAUAAUUUUUGUGACUGCGGAAAGAGAGGGACUCGCUCGAUGGAUUCUCGGCGUAGAAUGACCACUUACCGCGAGAUAAUAUGUAUUAAUCUUAUAAUUAUCGCGCCAGGAGGGGAAGAAUUGGAUGCUGGCGAAAUUCUAACCGAGUCUCCGAAAGUGUUCGUAACGCGGGUUAUUCGAUACCGGAGGCCCGGCAGGAAGGCAAAGGAGGGAACCUUUUAAACGGCAGGAUCUUCUUUUUCGCAGCCACACACCUCGCGGAUUCCGCGCGACUCGCAAUUAUUUCCUAAAGCUGUGCUAAGCGUUAGUAUUAACGCGAUAACUCCAAUCGUUUACUUUAUCCGAAACGUGAAAAUUAUAUGUAAUACGAUUAAUAAAAAUAUUGUGUAUAUUUUAGCUAUAGACAAGCGCCGGAAUCCGGUAUUACGCGAUAACCUUGCCGUUCGUUCGCUGCGUGACUCGCGAAUUUACCGAUUCUUCCGACGGUUUUACUAGACUGAUAGGCGAAAUUUCAUUCAGGAAUUGUAAAUGAAACAUUAUCGGAAUUGAAUAAUUGUUACUGAUCGAUGUGCAUGUCUCCCAUCUUCGUCUAUCGAAUUCUUUCGAUUCACUUGAUGAAAAAGGGGGCGAACUCACGUCUAUAGUCUCAUUAUUAUUCAACUUAGACGUAGUAGAACGUGGAUGUACGGGACUAAAAGAAAAAAAAAAAAUAACAGAAGAGACAAGAUUUGAAUUAAUUACUUUAAAGAGAGAGAAAAAAAAACCGGAAGAUUCAUGAGCGAGGCCUUAGAGGAGUAGUCGUAUCCGCCCAAAAGAAUACUUAAAACUAGUACUGUACUGUAUUCGAAUAUUUCACUAUAUUAUAUUGUACGAUAGAAUAUAUAAUAGGCAUUUAGUUUCAUAGUUCUCCUCGGUAGAACGCCUAUCGUAUUCAGAAACUUAACAGAAACUAAAUUCCUCGUCGAGUCCUUAGUGAGUAGAAAUCUCUCCGUGUGUGAGUGUACGUGCGACUAUUUCCUAUUUCGGGAGAACGCGGCGGCGAGGCGCCGGUGCCUCGCCACGUAGGGCAGAGCUAUAACUUUUUCCGGUAGAUCUAGAAAACGUUUUAUUGUCUUCGUUAUCGUAGGUCGUGGCUAGUAGUUCCAGGAGGGAGUUCCUUCGGUCCGCGCGCGCGAAAGCGCGACGCCGCCGGAGCCGCGCGUUCGAAAUCGAUGAAAGUGUCCUGAAUGAUUGCACCCCCCCCGAGGGUCAUGCACCAGGUGAAUGCAGGGGUGAAACUCGCUGAAACAAUCCCCGCCGAUUACACCCGCGCGCGCUCGCCCACACCCGCUCCCGCAUCUGCCCCACCCGCAAAAUCGCAGCCACGCUGCGUCUCGCCUACGUUAUUAUCGAUAGACACGUGGUGUCUACUCACGAACUCACUCGCCCGCUUUUCUCAUCGCCCUCCGAUCUGGGGGUCAAUUGUAUAUUUUGAAACAGAGUGAAAGUGACAAAAGUGAGGAAAUUCACUAGAUUAUCUGCAACUUCAUAUAUCGAAAGUAGUAAAUUUCUUUACUUUUGCAAUUUUCAUCUCGUUUCAAAAUACACAAUUCACUCCCUGACUUCCCUCCGUCGUGCCGCGAUCGCGGGGGAGGAUAGCUUUCGCAGGAAGAGCUAAGAGACGGACCUUUCUCGAACGCGCUCACGGCAGACUGUAGCGUAAAUCCGUGCUGCAAUUAAUUCAGGAAGUGAUCAAAAUACAAACAUAUAGGGGGCCAGUUUAGAGUCACCCGCGCCUAAAGAAAUCAAAGAUAGACUUAUUAAAAAUUAAUUUAUAUAAGCUGUAAUUCUCCUCGUAAACGUGUGUGGGUUCUGCCGGUAAUUUGGUUCAGUAGGGCUCUCUCUACCCCUUCAUCACUUUUCGUUGCGUCGUCCCAUUUUCACGGGGGUCGUUUAUUUUCGCGAGCCCCGGCCGUUCCUCAAGGAUCCCUUGUACAUACAUGUCUUCUACUAGAUACCUUCUGAAGGAACACUAUUGCACUGAAUUAAAGGUCGAGCCCCCCUACUUCUUUGUGCGCCAACAAGACCCUAUUAGAUGUCACACGUACGGAAAGAUAAGAGCAAAAUGCACUUAUCUCGUUGUCGUCGUCGUCGUCUUCCCGAGAGUGACUUCCCUCCGAGACGGCGUGCGAUCCUCAAAUCGCGACGACGACGACGACGACGACGACGAAAUAUAACACGCGCUGAGAAACGUUCGGAAUUUGCAAUCCUGAACGUACUCUCAGCAGUUACGGCGUAAUGAUUUUCAGACAAACAGAGA